GCGGUCGCGUUCGGUACUCGCGUUCGAUCCGCUGAAUCACGUGCAUCCCCGACAAAGGGUGAAUGAGAAUAAGGGAACAGGCGAUGUCAUCAUUAAUGUUCCUCGGAUGCAUCGCUCCAGCAGCAUCAUUGAAUCGUCCGCAAGAUGUGUGAAACUCUUCCAGGAUUACCGCUGAAGCUGGAUCCAUGAUUGUGACAAAAUGGUGGAUUGGCAAAAGACACUUCUAAUGAUGUUAUUGGCGCUCCUGAUCUAUCCAAAUGAUAUUUUUGGCGGCGCUUUUCAGCCCGAAUUCUCUGGCCCUAUCACCAAUCUAACAGUGCCACUUGGGAGGGACGCCACUUUCACGUGUCUGGUGAAACAUCUAGGAGGUUACAGGGUCGGUUGGGUAAAGGCGGACACGAAGGCGAUCCAAGCUAUACAUGACCACGUGAUCACGCACAACCAGAGGGUGUCCGUGUCCCAUAGCGACCACUCUAUAUGGAAUCUACACAUCAAGGGUGUCCAGAAAGAGGACGGCGGCCUUUAUAUGUGUCAAAUCAAUACGGAUCCCAUGAAGAGUCAGACAGGUAUGCUGUCUAUUGUUGUGCCACCUGAUUUCGAUCCUGAAGCUACAUCAAGUGAUAUGAUGGUGGGUGAAGGCGGCCAGGUGAAGUUAACGUGCCGGGCGAGAGGCGUACCCGAGCCGCGCGUAUCCUGGCGUCGGGAAGACGGCAAGCCCAUUAUAAUUCGGGAGCCAUUUGCAGGAAGCGCCCCGAACCAGAAGUCUCACGCAGUUCCUCAGUCCGAAUUUCUCGGCGAAGAACUGAAGUUGACGAAGAUCUCGAGGACCGAGAUGGGGGUUUAUCUGUGUAUUGCCAGCAACGGAGUUCCGCCCGCGGUCAGCAAACGUAUUUAUAUCAACGUUCAUUUUCCGCCAGUGAUUCAGGUACCCAAUCAGCUGGUCGGCGCGCCCUUGGGGACCGACGUGGUUCUGGAAUGUUUCGUCGAAGCGUCACCGAUGUCGAUUAAUUAUUGGGUCAAGGACCCUAAGGGCGCGAUGAUAAUAUCCAGCGUGAGGCACGACGUCCAAACGGUGACGAAGUCACCGUUCGAGGUCCGGAUGAUCCUCACGAUCCGCAACUUGCAGAAAAACGACGUGGGAACGUACCGGUGUGCGGCCAAAAAUUCCCUCGGCGAGGUCGAGAGUAGUAUUCGAUUAUACGAGAUCUCGGGGCCGGCGAAGACGCAAACACCGGUGUUAACGGUGUUCUAUGACGAAGAGGACGAGGCAGUGUUCGGUUCCGCGGAGAUGGACAAGACGGAGAACAAGCCACUGGCGGUGGAUAACACGGUCCACGGACAUAUGGGUUACCCGUCGCUCGCCACGCCGUCCUCCACGAUUCGCGUCGGCAAGAAACGACCGAUCAACGUCAGCUCGGGCACUGAUCCUUAUCCACGACGGCUCUUCGUUUUGGUAUCACCGCUGUUGUCGCUUCUAAUCGUUCGCCGAAGAUGGUGAAACGAGAGAGGGAGAGAGAGGGAGAGAGAGAGCCGAGAAAUUCCGAAGAACUUGGUCGAGGCAACCGUCAUCAGUGCUCGCGAUCGCACAUUGCGAUUCUCGUAACGCGAUCAGCAACAAUAUAAUUCACUUUUGGAGAAGAAGCGUUGUUACAUGCGAUCGACACUCGAUGACCAUAGAAUCGAAGUUGUUUGUACAGCAAGCUGCCGCGAAAGAAAAAUAAAAUAAAUAGAAUAGAUAUUCGAGAAAAUUCGGAUGCUAUUCUCCAAAUGUGCUGUAUUUUAAUUUUGACUGAUCAGUGCGAAGAAGACGCCAAGUCCGCGUAAGGUAAAAGCCCGCAAGCUUUAAUCUUCAUUGGCUAUUCAGCAGCUUGCUCGGCUCUACGCGGCAAAAACAACUUCGAAUGGGCUUAAGUCGCCGCCGACGACGACGACGUAUCGUCUUCCCUGAGUGGCUUAUUCGUAAUUCGUAGACCUAAUCAAUGCAUCGGAAGCUCGCGGAAGGGAUGAACCAGAUGGGGCUGAAGACGUGCAUCGCAGAGCAUAUAUUGAUCGUUAUACUUGAAUUGGUGAGUGCUAAGUUAAUUGUAUUCAGGGAUCGGGUAUAAUUUGACUCGCUUCUAUUUUCGAUAUUCUUUAUAAACUUUAAAUGACGCCCUAGAUUUUUUUAUUCCCAUGCAAAAUUAAACCAGUGCAUAAACCCAUUAUGGUAUACGUAGGAUACCGUUUUAUUCGAUCUCAGCAGUGAUUUAGAAGAACGAGAUUGAUAGCAUCAAUCGAGCUAAAUAACAAUUUCUUAUCUAUUUUGUUAUGUGGAAGUCGUACGUUAUCAAAUCAAAUUACGAGUUCUCGAUCAAUUAAAUCGAAACGAUAUAAAAAAAAAAAAACAAUAACAAUAAAAAACGCAAAAAGUAAGAAGAUAAUGAAGCGACAAAGGCUGAAAUUGAACAGACAGAUGAAGUCAACGAGUGAAGGAGAAGAACAUAUCUCGAAGUGAAGAUAAUCCUGAAUAAUAUUCGCGCGGAUCGAAGAGUCAGGUGUGUAACUCCUCAGUUUCGGCGGCAAUAAAUUUGCGUGAUAUGUACAUAUUUACUGUAUCAUAUACAGGCACGCUCGCACGUGUAUAUGUGUGCAUACGUCAGGGUAAAACUAACACAUUCGUGCCACUUUUUCCCAGCUCCCCGCUGCGCUCUCCAGUCGCGUGCGAGCGGCGUGGCGUUUCGUAGAUAGCCCUUACGAUUAACGCCGGUGUAAUAGGAUAUGUAUCGCGAGUUUAAACGAGUAUUGAAAGCUUUAAAGGAGUUCGAGCCGGAAGUAUAGCAAGAACGCCGGUGUCUCUCGCCCGUCUUGGCGGACGCCCUCGAUCUCGAAAA